AGGCAAAGAAAUGAAUUAACAAAAUCAGAAACUUUGAAAGUGAGUUAAGAAUGUCGAUAAGCAACAACUCGUUUCCCAUUCCAAGGACUGAGUCGACUCACCAUCGUCUCUACGAGUUUGCAAAAUCAGCCCUUAUCAAGAUAUUUGUCCACCCUUAUGUCACUGUAUGUGAUUUGUAUUGUGGUGGAGUAGUGGACGCUGAGAAAUGGGAUAUUGCUCAAAUUGGUCAUUACGUUGGAAUUGAUGUAUCAUCGUCUGGAGUAAGUGAGCUUAGAGAAGCAUGGGAGAGUCAAAGGAAAAAUUACACUGCCGAAUUCUUUGAGGCUGAUCCUUGCUCUGAAAUUUUCGAAAAGCAGCUGCAGGAGAAGGCCAACCAAGCUGAUCUUGUCUGCUGCUUGCAGAAUUUGCAGUUGUGUUUUGAAACUGAGGAAAGCGCAAGGAAACUUCUACAUAAUGUGUCAUCUUUGCUUAAACCAGGGGGUUAUUUUUUCGGUAUUACUCCUGACUCAUCUACAAUAUGGGCAAAGUACCAGAAGAAUGUUGAAGCAUACCACAACAGAAGCAGCAGCAUGAAGCCAAAUAUAGUUCCCAAUUGCAUCCGGUCAGAGAGCUACAUGAUCACCUUUGAAGUUGAGGAGGAGAAGUUUCCUCUAUUUGGAAAGAAAUACCAGUUAAAGUUUGCUCAUGACAUCUCUGCUGAAACCCAUUGUUUGGUUCAUUUUCCAAGCUUGAUCAGGUUGGCUCGAGAAGCUGGUCUGGAGUACGUGGAGAUUCAGAAUUUGACAGAGUUCUAUGACGAUAACAGAAUGCAUUUCGCAGGCAUGCUAAUGAAUGCUGGUCCAAACCUAGUGGAUCCUAGAGGAAGACUUCUUCCCCGGUCCUUUGAUGUGUUAGGUCUAUAUACUACUUUUAUAUUUCAGAAGCCGGACCCAGAUUUUGCCCCACCUCUUACAACCCCAUUAUUGCAGGAUGAUGCUUACAAUCAUGAUGAGAGAGAAUGGCAACCAAUUGGAUGGAGAGACAAGGAAAAUACUUCAGAGCCGCCACCUCCUGGACUGGGCAAGAUAAGUGAACAGAAGGGGAUACCGCCACCUCCUGGACUGGUGAAGAUAAGUGAACAGAAAGGGAUACCGCCGCCAUUGGGACUGGGCAAGAUAAGCGAACAGAAGGGGAUACCGCCACCUCUGGGAUUGGGGAAGAUGAGCGAACAGAAGGGGAUACCGCCACCUCUGGGAUUGGGGAAGAUAAGUGAACAGAAGGGAAUAUUAGGUCCUGGUCCAGCGGAUUUGCGAUUCUCAGAGGCACUUUGACCUAAUUUGAUGUUUGGGAUCAAGCAAAGAGGAGUUGUACAAUAGGAGAGAGAGCACUAUAGAAGAGGUUUAUGGUAGCAGAUGUUUGGAUCAAUAUUAGGCAUGUAGUUUAGGUAGUUUUUGGUGAUCAUAUGUCAUCAGCUCAGUAGAGAAAUGUUACAUAUUGCACACAUCACAAAACUAGAGAGGCUUCAAGCUUAAUGCAGCUUAAUGUUUUGGUUUCUUAGUAGUAGUAGUAGUACUAGGCGAAGCUGGCCCUGCCUGCACAAUUGAAACUUUCAAAAUCCAAUUUUUAAGUGUAAUUCUAUGUGGUGGCUUAAAUUA